AUGGAUGAUGACAGCCAGGAUGAACUGAUAAACAAGAAUGCUGCGCUAGGCAAGGGCAAAAGACAGAGUCUUGUGCUCCUCAGUGAAACAGAAAGCAAUGGUGGAAAUAGCGGUGAUUCAGAAGAUGAUACUGGAAGUGAGGAGGAAGAAGAUGACACUGAGGAAGAGGGAGGAGAGGAGGACAAGGAAGAAAGUGAAGAUGAAGAAUUAGAAGAUUGCGAAGACGAUGAUGAGGAAGAGGAGGAAGAAACUGAGACAGUUGUGAGGGGAAUGACUGAUUCUCUGAAAGUAGAGCCACACGUAAACAGAGUGAGCGUUUCCUCUGAUGAGGAUGGUGAAAACUGCCCCAUUUGCCUCAACACGUUUAGGGAUCAGGCUGUUGGGACUCCUGAGAACUGUUCCCAUUACUUCUGCUUGGACUGCAUCGUCGAGUGGUCUAAGAAUGCAAACUCCUGUCCAGUGGAUCGAAUCCUCUUUAACUACAUUAGCAUUCGGGCACACUUUGGUGGUAAAAUUUUAAAAAAGAUUCCUGUUGAGAACACAAAAACUCAGGGUAAUGAUGGAGAGGAUGAUCCAACCUUCUGUGAGGUGUGUGGCAGAAGUGACCGUGAGGAUCGCCUGCUGCUGUGUGAUGGCUGUGAUGCAGGGUAUCAUAUGGAAUGUCUUAAUCCACCUCUGAGUGAAGUCCCUGUAGAUGAAUGGUUCUGUCCGGCCUGUGCCCCCAUGGGUGUCAGUGCUGCUGCAGAUGCAGAUCAUGUCAGUGAAGAAGAGGUUGCUGCUCUCGUGGCUGAUGUUAUUCCUACCACCAGUAGGCUACGUCCUCAUGUCCGAACCCGAGCUAUAGCCAGAACUCGGCAGAGUGAACGAGUUAGGGCAACAGUGAACAGAAACCGGAUAACAACAGCGCAACAAAUUCAGCAUGUGCCAAGGUACCUCAUGUCCUCUCUUCUGGAUGAAACAAUUGAGGCAGUUGUAGCAGGCCUAAACACAGCCAUCUACCAGCGUCCUCUUACCCUGCGGACUCCUACUAGGCAGAAAAGAAAAACAGGUAGGAGGAAGAAAGUAGGAGGCAAAAAACGAACUCAGACAAAAUCUUCUGCUGGGAAGAAGAGUUCAGGGACACAGCUGAAGAGACGCAAGCGUCAUAUAAAGAAGAGAAGGGGGAAAAAGAGUAGAGUAAGAUUGCAUGUGAAAAACGAGGUUACGACUCGCUACCGUAUUGCAAGAACUCUUGGUCUUGGUAAACCUGUGCGUGGGACCUUGAUUCCUUCCGUGUACAAACCGACGGAGCCCUCGCUCGGUCUGAUGAGAGCGGAUAUUGGUGCAGCUUCUCUCUCUGUGUUUGGAGAUCCGUACGAGUUGGAUCCGUAUGAAAG